AUGGCCUACGGAAUGCAGCUCAUCACCAUGCUGUGUCUGGGCUUUGCCAUGGCUCUUGUCCCUGUCAUGUACAUAUAUGGGCUUAUUUCUGAGAGGGCUGUAAGUCUGUAAUCUAAUUUUAAUUUGCGGGGCUUAUUUCUCUCCAAGGUUGUAGUUGUGUCAUUUGUAAAUUAUUGAGCUUAUUUCUGAUAGGGGUGUGAGUCUGUCUUACACAUUAUAGAAAAUGUGUUCACCCUUCUGACUUCCACCACCAUCCAUCCCAGUGUCGCUACAGCCCAUGUAGGGCUUUGCCUGCCUCACCACUUCCCUCCAUUCAUACCUAAACUUACUGCCCCCUGCUCCCCUCCUCCAAAUGUACAAAUCCCUUCAUAGCUUGGGCAUCAGUUGUUUAUUUUUAAAUCCUUUAUAUUAUAUCAACUUCGCUUUUUUUCUCGUGGACCGCUUGCUGGCAAAAUCUUUGGUCUGCUAAUUGACCCACUUCUCAUCAACCUAUCAAGCUUAAACUUGGCACAUAGACUCGUUGCGGAUGACAACGCAUUCUUUAAAAUUUUCAGCCCAUCCCCCCGACCCACACCCCAAAAGAUCAGUUUUUCCUGUUUUUUCUAGGGGAAGAUGAAGGAAAUGUGAUUUCACAAAAAUAAAAUUCCAGGUAACUGCUCUAAAAAAGAUUAUUUUUAAAAAAUGUUGCAAGUGCGUUUUAUUUUUCUUUCAAAGUUGGUGAAAUAAAUCUGGGAUGUAAAAAUGUACAGUUACGAGCCUUGAGUGGAAAUAAGGGUGGGGGGGGGGGCGCGCGCACUAAUUGGAAUUGUUAUAAAGUGCUUUACUUGAAUGUAUAUUUUGUCAAAUUCUCAUCUCCACACCCCAUUGCUCUCUAUUAAUUGUUAUAAUUCUGGGAUGUAAAAAUGUACAGUUACGAGCCUUGAGUGGAAAUAAGGGUGGGGGGGGGGGCGCGCGCACUAAUUGGAAUUGUUAUAAAGUGCUUUACUUGAAUGUAUAUUUUGUCAAAUUCUCAGCUCCACACCCCAUUGCUCUCUAUUACAUGUUAUAAAGGAUUUAUGGGCUUGUUCAAUUAAGUUAGUUAUUGAAGCUAUAAGUUUGUGUUGGAUCUAUAUCCUCUACUCUCAUGACCAGGGCCUCACGAUGGUCCGUAAACAUCUCUACACUGUACAGAUUUAGAAGAUGUGUUCGUUAAUUAAUUUUUUUUAGCUAACAUCCCUGCUUGUGUACAUGACAAAAGCGUCCAUGAAAUUUCACUUUCAGCCUUAAACAGAGAUCGCUGUUUGACAUUAAGUAGUAGAGAGUAACAUUAAUGUAUCUUAGCCUCAGCGAAAACAAUUUGAUGGGAUCGUUAGAGAGUUUUAAAAAAGUAAUCCCUAUUUGAACACAUUCUUUUGUAUUGCAGACCGGAGCUAAACACUUGCAGGCUUUGAGUGGCGUUAAUCCAUUCGCCUACUGGUUGGGAUCCUUCGCCUUUGAUGCGCUCCUCUUAACCAUCAACGCCGUCACCAUCAUCAUAGCGUUCACGUACAAUCCUGGGGUCUACAUCAGCCA